AUGUCGUCUUGCCUCGUUGCUGUCGUCGCCGGUGUUGGUCGGGGCACCGGCUCUGCCAUUGCACACAAGUUCGCGUCACAGUACCUAGUCGUCUGCCUGGCUCGCAACCUAGAAAGCUACGAGGAGGUUGUUUCGAACAUCAACAAAAGCGGGGGCAAUGCGAUUGGAGUCACGACGGACUUGUCCAGCGCCAAGAGUGUCAAAUCCAGUUUCGAUCGUCUCGAGAUGGAGCUCGGUGGUGACUUUGGGAUUUCUGCAGCUGUCUUCAACGCCAGCACCAGACCUGUUUGCAAGCCUUUUCUCGAGCUGACUGAAGACGAAUACGCUGGCGGCUACGAUAUUCUCGGCCGGGGGGCGUUUCUGUUCGCGCAAGCAACGCUCCCGCGUCUCGUCAAGUUGGUCAAUGUGUCCUCGCAUCCCUCUUCGUUGAUCUUUACGGGUGCGACGGCUUCUAUUAAGAGCUUUGCCGAGUUCGUCUCGUUCUCGAAUGGGAAAUGGGUUCUUCGAUCCCUGGCCCAGAGUUUUGCAAAAGAGUUUGGCCCUCAGGGCGUUCAGGUGGCACAUACGAUCAUUGACGGGGUAAUUGGAAUUCCUACCACAGUGCAAGCGAUGAAGGAAGCUGGAAAGGAUACACAAGAUACCCUGAUAUCACCAGAGGCUAUUGUCGACGCAUACUGGUAUCUGCACACGCAGCCUAAAUCAGCCUUUUCAUGGGAAAUUGAUAUUCGGCCCUUUGGUGAGAAAUGGUAG